UUUGAAAAAAGCAACAUGGGUGUAAGCAUAGCUUCGUUCCGGUGGAAAGACAUGAAGGCUUUGCACAUUAACUACGUGCAGUCCAGGCAUCUAAGGAUGGAACCAACAGCCGACCAGUUCAUGGUGUAUGUCACAGAUGGGAAGCGACGCUCCUUGGAGAUACCAUUUCACGUUAUCAUCAACCCCACGAAUGACGAAGCUCCUGACUUUGUAGUGCAGAAUAUUACUGUGUGUGAGGGUCAGAUGAAAGAACUGGAUACCUCCGUCAUCGAUGCUGCUGAUCUGGACAUUCCCAAGGACCCCUUGCUUUUCAGUGUCACUCGUAAACCACGCCAUGGCCUCCUCAUCAACAGGGUGCUUGGCAAAGACUUUCCGCAAAAUAUGCAGCCUGUCAACCCCGGCCAGAAGCAUGAACUUGUUCAGAACUUUUCCUUGGAACUUCUCAAGAAUGGAAUGAAGUUGGUAUAUGUGCAUGAUGACUCAGAGAGCCUUGCUGAUGACUUUACAGUCCAGUUGUCAGAUGGGAAACAUAAGAUAUUAAAAACCAUUUCAGUGGAGAUCACCCCAGUUAAUGAUGAGAAACCAACGCUGAACAAGAAGGCUGAAAUUACCAUGAAAAUGGGUGAAACGCGUAUUAUUUCUAGUGCCGUGCUUUCAGCCAUAGAUGAAGACUCACCCAGGGAGAAGAUUUACUAUUUGUUCGAAAGGCUUCCCCAAAAUGGGCAGCUUCAACUUAAGAUAGGGAGGGACUGGGUCCCUGUCUACCCUGGUAUGAAGUGCACUCAGGAGGAGGUGGACCUGAACUUGCUGAGAUACACGCACACCGGAGCGAUGGAUUCCCAGGAUCGAGACACUUUUACCUUUUACCUCUGGGAUGGUGACAACAGAUCACCAGCACUGGACUGUCACAUAACCAUCAAGGAUAUGGGAAAAGGUGAUAUUGUCAUCCUUGUGAAACCGCUGGUGGUGUCUAAAGGUGACCGGGGUUUCUUGACGACCACCAGUCUCCUUGCUGUGGAUGGAACAGACAAACCUGAGGAACUUCUCUAUGUCAUCACCUCCCCUCCACGGUUUGGCCAGGUCGAGUAUGUCCGCUAUCCUGGAGUCCCCAUCACAAGCUUCAGUCAGAUGGACAUAGCAGGACAGACAGUCUGCUAUGUGCAUAAGAGCAAGGCAGCUGUCUCCCGUGACACCUUCAGAUUCAUCAUCAGCAAUGGCCUGCAGACCAAACACGAGGUUUUUGAGAUCAUACUGGAGCCUGUGGAUAGAGCCUUACCUGUGGUGACCAGGAAUAGGGGGCUGAGACUGGCUCAAGGGGCCACGGGCCUGCUCUCCCCUGACCUCCUCCAGCUGACUGACCCUGACACUCCAGCAGAGAACCUCACCUUCGUGCUGGCCCGGCUCCCGCAACAUGGCCAACUUUACCUGCGGGGGACUGUGCUACUUCAACAUAACUUCACUCAGCAGGAUGUGGACAGCAGGGAUGUGGCCUACAGGCACCUGGGAGGGGACUCCCAGGCUGACUGCUUUACCUUUGUGGCCACAGAUAGGACGAACCAAGGCUUUGUGGUGGAGGGAAGAGUGGGCCAAGAACCUGUUUCAUUCGCCAUCCAGGUUGACCAGUUGGACAAAACAGCCCCCUACAUCACACACUUGCAUUCCCCUUCUCAAGUGGGGCUCCUGAAAAAUGGAUGUUAUGGGAUUUACCUCACUUCCCAUGUGUUGAAGGCAUCAGACCCCGACACUGAUGACGAUCUGAUCAUCUUUAAGAUUUUACGAGGUCCCCAGCAUGGACAUCUGGAGAACACAACAACAGGUGAAUUUAUCCAUGAGAAAUUUAUCCAAAAGGACUUAAACAGUAAGACCAUUCUUUACAUCAUAAGCCCGUCUUUGGAAGUGCAUUCGGAUAUCAUGGAAUUUCAAAUCAUGGACCCCACGGGGAACUCUGCUGCUCCUCAAAUUUUGGAACUGAAGUGGUCUCACAUCGAAUGGUCACAGACUGAAUACGAGGUCUGUGAGAAUGUGGGCAUGUUGUCUUUGGAAAUUACCAGAAGGGGAUAUUCCAUGGACUCCGCCUUCGUGAGUGUGAAGGUCAACCAAGUGUCAGCUACAGUUGGAAAAGACUUCACUCUGACUCCGUCUAAACUGAUUCAGUUUGACCCAGGAAUGUCAACGAAGAUGUGGAAUAUAGCAAUUACCUAUGACGGAUUAGAGGAAGACGAUGAGGCCUUUGAAGUGAUUCUGAACUCCCCCGUGAAUGCGGUUCUUGGCACAAAGACAAAAGCUGCAGUGAAAAUUUUGGACUCAAAAGGAGGACAGUGCCAGCCUUCAUAUUCCUUCAGCCCCAACAAGCACAGCGCACGGGAGAAGAACAUUUGGCACCCGCUGUCCCCAGGGUCUUCCUCACCCACCACUUCUGGUUCCUUUCAUCUGGAAAGACGACCCCUUCCAACCUCCAAGCGUCCGGCAGUCACUAGGGGAGACAUCCAACAGGGUUUUCAGUCUCCAGAUCUUUCUCGUAUGAAGCUUAGGACCCGGGGGAAUGGCAAAACGGUCCUUCCAUCCUCUGUUUAUAGAAAUGGAACCGACAUCAUCUAUAAUUAUCACGGAAUGGUUUCCCUGCCUCUGGAGGAAGACGGUUCCCCAUCCCACAAAAGCAAGGCCAAAGUCUCGAUUAUGAGCCAGACACAAAAGACAAGCAAAUUGGCAGAUAAGGUGGAAUCCACAACCGACUCACACUUCCCCAGACAGGACCCGCUGCCCUCAUUUCCAAAGAACUGCACGCUGGAAUUAAGGGGACUUUUGCACUUUCAAGAAAACCUCCAAGAGCUGUACGAGUGCGAUGGAAUUGCCUGGAAAGCUUGGAGCCCCCGUACCAAGGUGGUGGAAGGUAAAUCCUGCCCAGCUGGGUGGUAUCGUCACUCGGGGUACUGCCACUGCCUGGUCACAGAGCGGAAAGGCACCUGGAACUCAGCCGCCCGAGCUUGCAAGGAACAUCACCUGGGCAGCCUUGUAACUGUUCUCUCCAGGCAACACAUGCGAUGGCUCUGGGACAUCAGUGGAAGAAAGCCCUUUUGGAUAGGUUUGAAUGACCAAGUGCGUGCUGGCCACUGGGAGUGGAUUGGUGGGGAAGCUGUCACCUUCACCAACUGGAGGAAAGGACCCCCUCAACGUAUGAAGCCCGGCAAGAACUGUGUUUUGGCGCAAAGACAAGGGAAAUGGCAAACACAAGACUGUAGGAAGGGCAAACCUCACAAUUACGUGUGCUCCAGGAAAAUCUAAAUGUAACUGACCUUACAGGUGCCCACUUGGGAUUUUUCACCUAUUUAUUUACAGAAUCUGUGCAUAUUGUUCAAUACAAAACAAGUCAUGACUGACUUAGUACAUUUUUUUUUUAUCAUAGUAUAUGAGUGAUCUAGUAAAAAAAGGAACAUUGAAGAAUUGUUCCAGGAGGACUGAUCAAUGAGCAUUUCUUUCAGGAAGAGAUACAAUCCUUGUGUCUCAGUACCUUUCAAAAUAAAUACCUAAAGUAUUAUAUGGUAUAAGAUUUGCUUGUUCCAGAAUAUUCCCACCCUGUCCUCACUCCAUAUCUAAGUCCUCAGCAAGCUCAUGAUCUUUGGAUUUUUUUUUUUUUUUGUCCGAAGACCUCAGUUUUUUGUCCCGUUCUGAAAUCUGUCCUGGCAGGGGCUUGUACCACUCCAGUCUGAGGAAAGCUAACUUGACCAGCUCAUUAAAUCGUAGUUGAACAGCAAAGGGUCGCUUUGUCCCUUUGGAAUGUGAAACCUAAGAUGAGAGUCUUGUGGAUAAAAAAGGAGAAUUCUUGGGCACUGGGUGGCUCAGUUGGGUGGGCGGCUGCCUUUGGCACAGGUCAU